AUGACUAACUUGAACUUACAAGGCAACGAACCUUCAUCCGAUAUCUUCUUCACCUCGUACAUACAAAGUGGUGAAGUGCUAAGGAAAGGAGAUAAGUUUGCUUCUAAGGAGGCAUGCCAGAGAGCUAUCAAAAAAUGGCACAUGGCAAAUAAUGUUGAUUUUGAAGUAGAUCGCUCAAACCUAGAAAGGUAUAUAAUCAUUUGUAAAAACCCUGAGUGUGCAUUCAGACUGUGUGCUUCGUAUAGGAAGAGAAGUGAUGCCCGGGUCAUAGGGUCGAUUUCACAACAACACACACGCGUGAACUCCAAUACGUCACAAGAUCAUACGAAGCUUAGUUAUGAUCUUAUCUGUCAGGAAAUCUUGCCUCUAAUCAACUGUGACUUGUCUGUGAAGGUGAAAACGAUUAUCUCGCAUAUCGUUACCGCAUACAACUAUACUCCAUCCUACAUAAAGGCUUGGAUAGUGAAAACAAAGGCCAUUGAAAUUGUGUACGGCAACUGGGAGGAGUCAUACAAAAAUCUUCCACGUUACCUUACUGCACUUCAAACAUAUGCUCCUGACACCGUUUCUAUUCUAGAGACAUUUCCAGCGCAUAGCCCGGAUGGAACCCGUGUCCAAGGUAAUGGAAUAUUCCACCGCGUUUUUUGGGCUUUCCAACCUUGCAUACGAGGGUUUGCAUAUUGUAAACCUAUACUGCAAAUCGAUGGAACUUGGUUAUAUGGUAAAUACAAAAGAACCAUGUUGAUGGUGUUAGAACAAGAUUUGUUCUGA